AUGGCAAAUGUCAAUAAUACUCCAAUAAUCUCCUCUACUGACGACGAUGUAGAAGAAUUGAUUCUCGCAACAUUGUUGAUAGUACAAUAUCAUUAUUCCAGCGAUUUAUACAAUAGAGAACCACGCAGGGAUAGUGCAUUCACAGGGGCAGCAUGGGUACAUGAGGUGUUGCAUGGGCAUGCAAACCAUUGUUACGAAGAAUUUGGCAUGGAACGACAUGUGUUUUUAAAUUUAUGCCUACUAAUGAGACAUCGUGGUUGGUUACAAGACAGUCGCAAAAUUAGGGUAGAUGAGCAAUUGGCAAUGUUCAUGUUCAGAAUAACAGAUGUAGGUCCUACUAAUAGAGCAGUUGAGGAGAGAUUCCAACAUUCAGGACAGACUGUCAGCUAUUACUUUGGCAAAGUCUUGCAAGGGGUGCUUAAGCUUUCUAAGGAGUAUAUCAAAGCCCCAUCGUUUGAUGAGAUUCCUAUGGAAAUAAUUGCAAACAACAAAUGGUGGCCAUAUUUUAAGGAUUGCAUUGGUGCCAUAGAUGGUACACAUGUUACUGCUAUAGUUCCUAAGGGAAAACAGAUCCCAUAUCGAGGACGGAAGGGGAUAACAACCCAAAAUGUGAUGUGUGCCUGCUCGUUUGACAUGAAAUUCACUUUUGUAUAUGCGGGUUGGGAAGGCAGUGCAAAUGAUUGUCGUGUAUUCAAUAGAGCCCUAGAGGAUCCUACUUUACGAUUUCCUCAUCCUCCCCAAGAUGCACUUUUUCAACAAUAUGGGGAAGAUGACUACUAUGAUCCUAAUGAAGAGAGAGUCAGGGUAGUCAACGCUCACGGGUCACAAGAAGAUGGUGAUAUUGCGAGUACUUCUACUACAAUUCAUCAGGGCAGUCAACGUGUACAAGGAAGACAGAUGAAUGAGCUAAGGAUACAAAUUACAAAUCAGAUGGCAGUAGAUAAGGGUUACCCCCUGAUUUGAUUGUUUAUGUAAUAAAAUUUCAAGACACCUAUUUGCAGCUAUGAUUUUUAUUUUGUAAUUCC